AGCCAUGCCCUCCCCAAACUUAUCCCACCGUCCCACACUCAGGCAUGGACUCGUGUCUGUACUCUCACUGUAACACCGUACGUGUCGCCAUGAAACUUCUCACUGCCUCCCAUUCCUCCGCGUCUACCCUUAACGUGGCGCCAUCUCCUUCCACCCCUCACCGCUCUUCACCGGCAUAAGUUUGCACUCCAACUCCACUUAUGGAACUAGAAAAGUGAGUCGAGCAAGAUACAAACGUAACAUUCUUCGCUUCUUUAGCGUGAGGAGCGUAGUUGGUAAUUGGUAAGAGUCAAGAGAUGGCAACUCGGCAGGAGAGGGCUGAGCUCGAUGCAAAGGCGAGGCAGGGCGAGACCGUAGUUCCUGGUGGGACUGGCGGGCAUAGCCUGGAGGCCCAGGAGCAUCUUGCUGAAGGUCGCAGCCGUGGAGGACAAACAAGGAGGGAGCAGCUGGGAACGGAGGGUUACCAGGAAAUGGGCCGCAAGGGUGGACUCAGCACCACGGAUGAGUCCGGAGGUGAGCGUGCAGCUCGUGAAGGAAUCCAGAUCGACGAAUCCAAGUUUAGGACUUAGUUCAGGAACUAUCUGAUCGCAGGGUGUGAACUAAUAAGACAUACUUAUGUUGUACUUUAGGAGUCCGUAGCAGGGUUUACGUGUUGUUGGUCUCAAGUUAGUGUCCUUAGGUCGAGGCUUUGUGUGGUGUCGAGUUCAGUGGUAAUAGGGCUUUCGCAGGCAGUUUGAGCCUCGUGAGCCAGUUCUAUGUAACUUGCUGCUUUGUUUUAAUGAACUAAUAGUGGUUUCAAGAAUUGUCU